AUGGUCUCUAGGUCAAGCUCCGAGAUUAUUGUCGAGAAAAAUACGGCUGCUAUCGUAAGCUCGAAGAAGUCCAGUGAUGAAGAACCUAUGGAUUACAACGAGGUCGAUGAAGAACUUCAAAAUGUUUUGCAAACAAACAAAAGUAUCGUCAUCAAAAAGGCUGAAAUUAUAUCCGCCAGUUACGCUAAAUGGUACGAGAAAUUAAUUUUCUUAUUCUGUGCCUUCCUUUGUGGUUAUGGUUAUGGUUUAGACAGUAACAUCCGUUAUAUUUAUACGGGUUAUGCCACUUCUUCAUACAGUGAACAUUCUUUACUUUCUACUGUUACUGUCAUUAAUGCUGUGGUUAGCGCCGCUUCCCAAAUUGUUUACGCUAGGUUAUCGGAUGCUUUCGGUAGAUUCCGUUUAUUCGUCGUUGCUAUCGUCUUAUAUUCCAUGGGUACUAUUAUCCAAUGUCAAGCUUAUGACGUCCAAAGAUAUGCUGCAGGUUCCAUUUUUUACAAUGCCGGUUACGUCGGUGUCAUCCUUGUUUUACUCCUAAUUCUUUCAGAUAUGUCUACUCUAAGAUGGAGACUUUUCUACCAGUUUGUACCAACAUGGCCAUACAUCAUCAAUACCUGGAUUUCCGGUAAUAUCACUUCUGCUGCAAACCCAAUAGAAAAUUGGUCUUGGGAUGUCGGUAUGUGGGCAUUCAUUUUCCCACUAUCAUGUCUUCCAAUCCUUGCCUGUAUGAUUCACAUGCAAUGGAGAGCCAGAAAGACUCAAGAAUGGAAGGACCUCAAAACUCAAAAGACCUAUUAUCAACAGCACGGUUUAAUGAAAUCUUUAGUAUCUCUUUUCUGGAAGAUUGAUAUUAUUGGUGUCCUCUUAAUGGCCGCUUCUUUAGGUUGUAUCUUGGUUCCUUUAACAUUAGCAGGUGGUACUUCAAGCAAAUGGAGAGAUUCUCGUAUUAUCGGUGUCUUCGUGUUAGGUUUUGUUUUAAUUCCAAUCUUCUUUAUUUGGGAAAAGAAGUUCGCAACUGAUCCAAUCGUUCCAUACAAAUUGGUCAAGGACCGUGGUGUCUGGGCAUCUUUGGGUAUCUCCUUCUUAAUUGAUUUCAUCUACUAUAUGGCCGCUGAUUACUUGUACACCGUUUUGAUAGUCGCUGUUAAUGAAUCUGUGAGUGCCGCUACAAGAAUUUCCAGUUUAUAUUCAUUUGUUUCCACGGUUGCCUCGCCAUUUGUUUCCUUAGCCCUAACAAGAUUCACAAGAUUAAAGCCAUUCAUUAUUUUUGGUUGUUGUCUAUGGUUUCUCGCCAUGGGUCUACUUUACCACUUCAGAGGUGGCGCAUCCUCCCACUCUGGUAUAAUUGGUGGUUUGUGUGUCUGGGGUUUAGGUAGCACUUUCUUCACAUACCCAGUUACUGUCUCCGUUCAAGCUGCUGUUUCCCAUGAACAGAUGGCUACUGUCUCUGCUUUGAAUUAUACUUUCUACAGAAUCGGUUCUGCUGUCGGUGCCGCUGUUUCCGGUGCUAUUUGGACACAAAAAUUAUACAAGAAACUUUUAAGUUUAAUGGGUGACGCUACAUUAGCCACAGCUGCUUAUGGAUCUCCUUAUACUUUUAUUGUUACUUACACCUGGGGAACUCCAGAAAGAGAAGCCAUGGUGGAAGCAUACAGAUACAUCCAAAGAUUAGAAACUGUUGUCGCUUUAGUUUUCUGUGUUCCGUUAGUCGCUUUCUCAUUAUGUCUAAGAGACUCCAGAUUAACAGAUAAUGUUGCACACGAUGACAUGUCUUCAGGCGAAUUUAUCGAUACCAAGUCAGACGAUCCAUUGGCAGAAUUCUUUGUCGGUUUAUGGAGACGUGUUACGGGUAAGAAGGAGAAUAAGACCCAAUCUGAUGAAAAAUCAAGUGUAUAUUAG